GUCGUUCCUUUUGACGAACUCAACCUGACCCGUGCAUUCCCUCAGACAGAGGCUGUCGACGUUACUUGCACGAGCUGAACCCGAGACUGGUCGACGACUCGUUCCGUUUUGUCGUGUAUGCAGCGCCCUAAACACGUUUACAGCUGUUUAAUCGCAAACUUUCGACGUCGUUGGCUGAUUAAAAAAAAAACUUCCAUCGCCUUCUCCAAACUACUAUUACCCUAUAGUAUCGCACACACCAUCGUAACAUUCGCAGUCAUACACACGCGUACUCACGUGUAGUAGGAACCGAGUGAAAAUCCUGUAUAGAUUCAGAGCCUGCAUCUUGCGAGGUCAUCAUUGGUCGAACCGAUAGUCGAAAUCAUCGAAUCAUCUAGUCGGCCGCAGAAAUGAAGAGAAUUCCCGUUUGCGAGGUGAUCGACCAGCGUCCGGUGGUCGACAAAGAUUUGCCGCGGCCGUCUUCCGUAUUCCGGCCGCUGACCGGCGACGUGUGCCACAUCGUACUGACAGAGCUACGGAUACCGUCCAGCACGAUGAACUGCGGCCUGUUCGAGGAGUUCCGCGACGACUGGCGACCGAUCAAGGCGCACAUUAAGGUCGGCGAGGCGGACUGCACGGUGGACAGGGGCCUGCAGGCCGUAGUGCUGGAAAUGCGGCCGGGCGAGUACCGGGACUUUUGCGUGGGCGACGGGGGCGAAGGUCGCAUCUCCGGCCGAGUGUUCCUGUCGUACGUCGACAAGACGUCCCGCACGAGCUGGCGCGACGACGACAGGCUGAAGCUGACGGCGGCGGCCCGGCACAAGGACGAGGGCAACCAGCUAUACGGACAGGGCCGGUUCGCGGACGCGUUCCACCGGUUCAACCUGGCGGUCAGGGCGGUGCUGUUCGUCCGGGACCCGGACGCCGUGCGCGCCGACCGGGACGCCAUGUACGCGGUCGUGUGCAACAACAUGGCCGCCUGCCAGCUGCAGAUGAGCAACUACGAACACGCGCACCAACUGUCCGGCAAGGUGCUGGCCGUCGAACCGGACAACGUCAAGGCCCUGGUGCGCCGGUGCCGGGCGUCCGCCGAGCUCCGCAUGUUCGACGGCGCCCUGGCCGACGCGGUCCGCGCCCUGGAAAUCGACCCCGGCAACGUGGUCGCCGAGCGGUACCGGGACGUGGCGACGCGCGGCGUGAACGACCAGAACGCCCGUUACGGCGACAUGGUCAAGAAGAUGUUCGCGGCCUGAGGCGGAGUCGCAGCUCGCGCGUGCGCAUCAGUGUACGCGUGCCUAAUAUAUACAAUAUUAAUAUUAUGUACGUCGACGAUACGAUAAAGCCGUUUGACAACGAUAUAUUAUUAUUUUUCCUGUAACGAUUGUAUUUUGCGUACAACGUGCGAUUUUCAAAGUGCCAGUGCGUUACUAUUUAUUAUUUUCAUAAUAUUAUACUUAUUAAUACGAUUUAUCGCCUGUAUAUGAGUUGUUCAUUUUUAUCGUUCUUACUAUGUACAUUACUAUAUCGCCCGUGUAUUUAGGCACUUAUUAAUAAUAUAAUAAAUACAUUAAUAAUUAUAAACGAUA